AUGAGCACCACACUGAACGGCCAGAACGGAACCCAUGCCCAUGCCCACCUCGAGUCGUCACCGGCACCGGUACUACCUCCCGCUCCUCGAUUCAUACCAGCAGAACCUACGAAAGAACCUCUGGACUUUGCAGACCUCCCUAUAAUCGAUUUGGAAGAAGCCAAAGCGAACCCUCGCGUUGCAGCCGAACAAGUCCGGAAUGUGAUGUCUACCCAGGGGUUUUUGUAUAUUGUUAAUCAUGGGUAUAGUGUUUCACAGAUGCAACGAAUGCUUGAUAUUGCGAAUGUACCGUUUGAGCAAGUUGCGGAUGAGGAGAAGAAGAGGUUUGAUUCGAAGCCACAUGAGACGGGGUCGUUUCAGGGGUAUAAGCUUCGUCAGUAUUGGCAUCUUGAAGGAGGAGUGAGAGAUCAGAUUGAAGCGUAUAACAUCAACCACGAUGUGACGAGACGACCUCAUCCGGAAGUGAUCCAGCCUUUUAUUCCUGAGAUAGACGCGUUUGCGCGACAUAAUUAUUUUAAUGUCGCUCAUCCUAUCUUACGUCUUCUAGCGCUGGGAUUGGAGCUCCCUGAAGAUACGUUUGUUAACAUGCAUGAUUGGUCAAAGGUCUCAGAGUCGUUUGUUCGAUUUAUGAAAUACUAUCCGCAUUCUGAAGAAGACGAAGCAAAGACGAAUGGGCUUUGGUUUAAAGGACACACUGACUUUGGCUCCAUCACGCUGUUAUACAGCCAACCCGUGUCAGCACUUCAAAUCCUCGGAUUAGACGGUAAAUGGAAGUGGGUGAAACAUAUUGAUAAUGCGAUUGUCAUGAACGCAGGAGACGCGUUGGAAUAUCUCUCAGGUGGAUUUUAUAAAGCUACAAUUCACCGAGUCGUAAAACCCCCAGCGGAUCAACGCGGUGCCAUCCGCCUCGGUACCUACUUCUUCGUUCUCGUAGACGACGACGUGAAACUAUCUCCUCUCACUACGAGUCCGGUUUUACAACGAGUGGGUAUCAAGAGGCGUCCUGGAUAUGAAGAUUCAGAUGCACCGACUAUGAAAGAUUGGAGAUUGGGGAGGACGUUGGCGUAUGGGCAGAAUAAGAAGGAGGAUGAGUUGAAAGGGGGUGGAAAGGUGGGUGAGGCAAAGGUAACGGAGGAAGUUAUUAAUGGGGUUGUUGUCAAGCAUUAUAACUGA